AUGACUAAGCAACUUAAUAAACUCUUUAAAGAAAAUUAUAUCGAAACACUUCAAUGUGACUCUUUUGAAGCAGAUAGCACUAUACUAUCUAGUAAUAGUUAUAAAUAUUUUUCAAAAAGAUAUAAUAAAUUUAUGGUUUUAAGCAAGAUAUACUUCUCUCAAAAUAAUACAAUAAAAGAUUUUAUCAAUGAUUUAAGACAAUAUAGAAAAGUAGAAUUACAUGAAAAUAUAUUAAAAUUCAUAGGCAUCAUUAAACAAAAUAGUAGUACACACGAAAUAAUAUUCAUUCAUGAAUAUGCUAACGAUGGAACUCUUCGUCAAUAUUUAAAUCAAAAUUUCUGUAUUCUUAAUUGGAAUGAUAAGUUGAUCCUUGCAAAACAGCUUGUUAAAGUUGCUGUUUCUGGAACUCCUAAAAAAUAUGUAAAAAUAUAUACAGAUUGUUGGAGAUAUGGCUCAAGUUUACGUCCAACAAUUCAAAAUGUUUUUAAAGAUCUAAACAAUAUUAAUUACAAUUAUGAUGAAAUAAUUACUGAAUCUAUUAAGAAUAAAGAACAUAAAGAGAAUUCAAUAUUAAAAAAUGAAUGUUCGAAUAAAUCAGAUUUAUUACAACAUUAUACAGAUUUACGUUAUGAAAUUAUUAAAGAAUUAGAAAUAAUUUCUUCAAUAAUUUUAACACUUAAAAAAAUUCCAUCUUCCGAAGAUUCAAUUAAUUCAUCUUUAUUAAUUCCUAAAAUAUUUCCUUCUUCAUUAAUUUCAAAUAAUUUAGAUGAUAAUAAUUUAGUAAAAUUUCUUUUUGAUUUAAAUAAUUUAUUUAUUUCUCAAAUUAAUAUUCAAGGAAUUUCUGAAGUUACUUCUUAUUUUGUUUUACUUCAAUUAUUGGAUUCUUUUAUGAAUAUGGAAUUGGAACUAGUGUUGAUUAUUUAA